CAAGCGUCAUUUCCUGCUGCAGCAGUUUAGAGCACCCUACCAACAUGUCUCUUGCUCUGCGAAGUGCAGAGACAGAUUAACAGAUUGAAAUGUGUGUAUAUAAAAGCACGAAGUGUUAGUUUUUAGUCAGGUAAUGUAGCUGUCUGAACUGUUGACGGGUUAUAGAAGUUAUAACAGACUGUGUGAGACAUGUGGCGACUCAAAGCAGUGCGACACAAAUCUAGUGUCUCUGUUAAAGAUUUGGAGGAAUUUAAGCAGAAGAGAAGAGAACAUGAAAAAGUCCUGAGACAGGCCAGGAGAGACAGACAGCUGGUCAGUAAGAGGCUUCUGCUGAAUGAAGAAGAGCAGGAGAAAGAGCUGAUGGAAACAAACUGUGCUCCUCUUUCUCAAGACCAGAUUCGGGAGAUGUUACACAAUGUGCAGCGUGGUGGAGAGAAAGCUGCUCAUCUGGCUAUGCUGAGAAAGGCACUCAGAGACCCUCAAACUCACCUCAUCUUCACUAAACUGGAGAACAGCAUGUAUGUGCUGGUUGGGCAGCUCAGCGGACACAAUGCUCAGUGCCAGCUGGAGGCAGUGCGGUGUCUUUAUGAGCUCUCUAGCUCUUCUCACCCUGGUGUGGGGCAGUCGUGCUUGUCUGCAACUCCAUAUCUUCUCACAUAUCUCUCCAGCCCGAGUGCCAAACUCACAGAGCUUUGCCUGUACACAUUAGGGAACCUGUGGCCGGAUGGUGCUGUAGUAAAAGAGAAGCUGCUGGUCCAGGGGAUGGUGCCUGCUCUGGCUAACUGCAUUCAGAAUCAGAGAUGUAACUUGGCGGUGAUGGAGGCAGUGGGCUUUACAUUGUCUCAGCUGCUUCAGGAUAAUGAUGCUGCAGACAAAGUUAUUCCGAUGGUCAUGACCUCUGGUUUGGUCCCUCAUUUGAUUUCACUUCUGACUCCAGAUCCAGAGUUUGGUAUGGGAGUUGCCAUCGAAUGUGCCUGGUGUUUACAUUAUAUAAUAUCACGUAUUACUGAUACAUCCAUGUUGAUAACUGAAGGACUCCUCUCACAGUGCAGUAACCUUCUGAUUACACUAGGAGGGGCUGUUGCUAAAGGACGCACUGACGACUGUGUAGAAUUGCUGAUCUGGCCCCUGCUGCGCUGCCUGGGUAAUAUGUUGGCCAGCGGGGUGCGUGAGCCUGCCGGAUGCUCAGCGGGCGUAGAGGAUGUCCGUCUCUUAGCUGCUCUGUGUGUGUUCAGCCAGACAUACCUAACCUCCCACUGUGCUCUGAGCAGGGAGAGCCUGUGGGUCCUCAACAACCUCACAGCUGGUUCAUUCGUGCUUUGUUCAGCUGUGCUGUUCUUGAAGAUGGUACCAGAUCUUCUGCAGCUUUUACCCUUUUCUAAUGGAAUCAAUACCAUGGUGCUAAGGGUUCUGGGUAAUGUUGCCCACAAUGGUCCUGAAUACUGUAUUCAGCUGACGCAAGCAGGUCUGCUCUCUGUCCUCUGUGCCACACUCAAAAUGGCUGAUCCAGACAUAGUAACGCUGAGCCUGGAGGUGCUGCAUUUGCUCACUGCUAGUAGCCCACAGAUAGCUGAAGAGUUUAUCAGGCUGGAUGGCAUUCCUCUAUUAGAAGCAAUUCAAUACAACAGUGAAGAAUCGCAACGUCUUAGAGCAUCUUGCAUCUUAGACUACUACUUGCAUGCUCACUCAAUGGUUAGUACAGCCAUUUAGUACUGUGAUAAGGUCAUUACAGUCAGCAUGUGUACAUGAGAGAAACACAUAAGUCUAUGGACAUGCAGUCCAAUCCAAAACUAUUGGAACGGCAAGGCCAGUUCAUUUGUUUUUGCUGUGAACUGAAGGCAUUUUGGUUUGAGUUCCAAAUAUUAAUAUGAGAAGAGAGUUUCGAAUUUCAGCAUUUAUUUCCUGGUAUUUAUAUGUAGACGUGUUAAACGACAUAGAACAUAGCACAUUUUAUAUCCGACCACCCAAUUUGUAGGCGAGCAAAAAUAUUGGAACAUGCGACGAACAUGUGUUUGUUACCCGGAUGCGUCCUGUUAGAUUGUUUAAACAGUAAACAGCUCUGAACAUCUGCUCAUAGUUUUCGCUGUCAGUUUCACCUGUGAAGACUGCAUAUCUUGUUAAUAAGGAUAAGCCAACAUGAAGACCAGAGAGCUAUCUAUGGGAGUAAAGCAAGCCGUUGUGAAGCUGAGAAAAGAGGCAUUGCACAAACAAACCCAAAAACAAGUCAGCGACAUCACCAACAACCUUCACAGAGCAGGGGUGAAGGUGUCAAAGAAUCCACCAUUCGAAGAAGAUUUUGAGAGCAGAAAUAUAGAGGCCAUACCACAAGAUGCAAACUACUCAUCAGCAGUAAGAAUUGGAAAGAGUAAAUUGGAAUUCACAAAGAAAUACAGAUAUAAGCCACUUCAAGACUUGCUAUACUUUUGCUCGCCUAGAAAUUGGGCGGUCUGAUACAAAAGGUUCUAUGUUUUAUGUUGUUAAACACAUCCAGAUCUAACUGAAAUCCUUCACUCUUGUUUCAUGUCCAUCUUUUGAUAUCAAACCCAAGUGUCUUGUAUAGUGUGCACACACAAAAAGAUCUUGGUCUUGCUAUUCCAGUAGUUUCAGAGGGGACAGUAUAGAGAUCUGCUGGUUACUUAACUGUUGUCUUCCCCCAACCCCCCCCCCCCCCCCCCCCCCCCACUGUUGAACAGUAGUCCAUGCAGCCUUAUUGAAAGCAUACCCAGUUACAGACGGAUAUGUGUAAUAAUAUAACAUAAUAUGUGUAGCCGUGUUGGCCCUCACUAUACAGCACAAUGUUGUACCAAUGGACAAAAUGACAAAGAGCCAAUGCUGGCCCAGCGGCAGUUUGCUACUCGGGUAAUGUCCUCACUGCCGCAUUGUUGCAAGCCGGUAUUUGGGUCAAUUUGGAAACUUAAGUCUCAUCCCAAAGCGGUUGUCAGUAUGCAUUUAUUUAUUUAUUUAUUUAACAUUUAUUAUACAGCUCCCUCAUGACUGAUGUGAUGACAACCAGCCACGACCUGCACACCUUAGAGUUUUAAAGAUAGGACAAUAUAUAAAUAUUUUUACAUUUGUACUGUUUUAUUUGAUGUAUUAUUGUGUUACUAAUGUAUAUCUUGCAUAUUUUCCAAAACAUUUUGUAAAUAAAGGUUUUUACGUUCGCACGUAUACAAUGUCUAAGACUCGGAUGAUGGUUGAAGAGGCAGCAAUACAGGAGAAAGCGGAACUGACGUUUAGGACUUUUAUUUUGGAUUGACGUUGUGUACAGUAUGUACACCAACAAUAAAAGGAAAGUUACAACCACAAAUCAAACAAUUCAGCCAGGUUUAACCCCUGAAAAUAAAGAAAAAAGCGUUAACUAAUCGGACAACUUGGAAAAACAGACCGAAACCACGUCCUUAUGGUCUGAAUAACUGACUGCUCUUUUAACUCCUCCAGCUGUUAGGACACUGAGAUGGUUAGUGCUGAACACCGAAGAAGAAGAAGACUAGGCUGAACAGACAGAUGUUUAAGUUUACGGAUAACUGUAAGUCUCUUUUGACAUCACUUGUAAAUACUUAGUGUUCUGAUUGAAGUUGAGAUGUUUAUCCAACGUAAUGCUAAGAUAUCUGAAAUUUAGGGUUGCUAAUUAAGUCCUAGCAAAACUGACAUGUUACAUUUGGUUUAAAAAAUGCUUUUAACUUACAGAAACAAUACCUUAACAAUAAAAGGACAAGGAAUAAAACAAUCUUUAUGAAAAAAAAUAGAUCAAUAUCUAUAGCUAGGCUAGUUGUCACUGUGAGGAACAGUGGAAUUGGCCAGUGCCGUGAAUGUCCUGGUUAUACUACAGCUGUGAUACUUCCAGAAAAAGAUUUAGAUGUAACUUGCGAUAUCGAUAUUAUUUCAGUAACUGCUUUAUCCUGGUCAGCAUGGCGGUGGAUCCAGGGCCCGGAUUCAUGAAACAUUCUUAGGAAUUCUUCUUAUCUGCCGUUUUAUUUUUAUUUUCUAACUUAAGAAAAAAAUUAUUCCCAGGAAUGUUCUUUUCUUCUUCUUUUCUUCUUCUUAAGAUUGUUCCUAAGACAAAACAUAAGAAAAAUUCAAAUUCUUAAAGAGAAAGUUCUUAAAAAUCAUCAUAAAUAUCUUCUUUAAGUCAGGAUAACUGCCAUCUUGUCGUGGAUCCCCAAAAG